AAAAUCUGUAAAUAAAUAAUCAAAUAAAAGAAAUUCAGACAAAUAGUGAAGAUUUCAGGGAUGUAAAUGGAAAAUGUGCUUCAGUUGUUCAACUUCAAAAUAAAACAAAAAUUCUCUGCUGUCGUGUCGCUUCAUGCUCACUGUCCUCCACGUCCGUUUCAAGCAAGCUCACCUCGCCGGCGACCUCACCGGAGACCUUGCCGGAGAAUAAGAAAGCGCUCCCUCAAAUCCAUGCUCUUCUCUGUUACCAUCACUUGAAUCUUUCAUGGCAGCUCUCCUUCUCCUCCUCCUCCUCCUCCAGCUCACUCUCUACUUCUCGCUCGCCGACGAUGAGUCCGCUCUCCUCGCUUUCAAGAGCUCUGUCACUUCCGACCCGGCCGACGUCCUCGCCGGCUGGUCCCCCGCCGGUGGUCCCCACUGCGCUUGGUUAGGUGUCUCCUGCGACGCUGCCUCCCGCGUCAUCUCGCUUAACCUCUCCGGAACCAUCGCUAUAUCCGGUGAGAUCCACCCGGCGAUUGGAGACCUCCACCAUCUCAAGGUCCUGGACCUCCAUGGAAACAAUUUCUCUGAUGAGAUCCCUCUUAGCAUCACCAACCUCUCUUCGCUACGGAUUCUCGACCUGUCUUUGAACUCUCUCUCUGGUGGGAUCCCGGAAUCGCUCAUCGGAUUCUCGAGGCUCGAAUCAAUCAAUCUCUCUUCCAAUCAUCUCACCGGGAGGAUCACGAUAAGCUCUACAAAUCUAUGUCACUCUUUGCUUCACUUGAAUCUAUCCAACAAUCUCUUGCAGGACAAGAUCCCACCUGGAAUCGGGAAAUGUGUGAAGCUCAAGACAUUGUUGUUGAAUGGAAACAUUCUCGAAGGCCGGAUUCCCCCAGAGAUUGGAUGGAUAACCACCCUCAAGAUUCUUGAUAUCUCGAGGAACAGCCUCACCGGUAGCAUACCGAAAGAGCUUGCAAACUGCACAAAGCUCUCUCAUCUUGUUUUGACGAAUUUAGAUGACUCUAUUUUCAAAUUCAGCAAUGAGUUCAAUGCAUUCAAGGGAGGGAUACCUCAUGAGCUAUUGGUCUUGAAGGAGCUUGAAGUCCUAUGGGCUCCAAGGGCUAAUCUUGGUGGGAGUUUGCCAGAGCUCCGGGAGGGGAUAUGUAAGCUGAGGGUUAUCAAUCUUGGCCAGAACUACAUCAAUGGUUUCAUUCCUGACUGGUUGAGCUCUUGUAGAAACCUCUCGUUCUUGGAUUUGAGUUCCAAUGUCUUCCUGGGCUUGAUGCCUCCACAGCUAGGUGUUCACUGCAUGCUUUACUUUAAUAUUAGUCACAACUCACUUACUGGUUUUCUCAAAGAGCAACAAUCAUCAUCUCUUCAAUGCCGGAGAAAUUUGACUGCAUUGGUGGAAGAAGGAGAUCAGCUGGUGAAUUCCUACUCUGUGACCAAGGAUGGAAAUGGGAACUACAUGUUGCUUCAUGAUUUCAGUUGGAAUAACUUCACUGGUGCAUUGCCAUCAUUGCCAUUGAAACUGGUUGGUGAUUUCUCUUAUAGUUUGCUUCUGAACAGCAAUGGCUUCAAUGGAUCUUUCCCCGGCGAGCUUCUUGGGUCAUGUGUGGGGGCAAGUGAAUUCAGAGUCAAUUUGAGUACUAAUCAUUUGUCCGGUGAGAUUGGCAUUGGGCAUUCUAGUUGCUUGCAGAUGAGAAGUUUGGAACUUGCAGACAAUGCUCUGACUGGCUUAAUACCUCCUGAGAUUGGUGACCUUAGCCAUCUCAAACUUCUUGAUUUGAGGGAGAAUUAUUUGACUGGUAGCAUUCCGGAACAGCUUGGCAACAUUGCUUCUCUUGUUGCUGUUGAUCUCUCGAGAAACUCUCUUACGGGCGGCAUCCCUCAGUCUUUCUCUAAGCUCACUAUGCUUGAAAAGUUGAAUGUUUCAUUCAACAACCUCUCAGGCAGCAUUCCUCAUCUCCCGAACAUUAAUGAUUGUGAUUUCUUCAUAGGCAAUCAGCUGCUGCAACCAUGUGCGGAUUUGAAGAAUGCUUCCUCUUGGCCAUCUUCACCGUCAUCUUCUCAUUCUGGUGCUUCAAAAUGGAGUGCUCAGAGCAGUAGAUUAAAGUCUUUCGAGGUAGCUGCAGUUGCCUCUGCAUCUGUUCUGCUCUUCAUUCUCCUGGCGCUUCUUGUUUACUUGGUUUGCAGCAAAAGGAAGCUUGCUCAGGUCACUAGUCUUAGAAGAAAGGUGGUAGUGACAUUUACCGAGGCACCUUCAGAGCUGAACUAUGAGAAUGUUGUUAGAGCUACCGGUAAUUUCAGCAUCCAGAAGUUGAUUGGAACUGGUGGAUUUGGAGCCACCUACAAGGCGGAGCUUGCUUCAGGUUUCCUAGUGGCAGUGAAAAGGCUCUCAAUAGGCAGAUUUCAAGGUCUUCAACAAUUUGGUGCUGAAAUCCGAACCCUUGGGAGAAUUCGACAUGAGAAUCUUGUCACCCUUAUCGGAUACUAUAUGGGAGAGUCUGAUAUGUUUUUGAUCUACAAUUACCUUGCUGGAGGCAAUCUCGAAACCUUCAUCCAUGAAAUGUCUUCCAGGAACGUGAAGUAUCCCGUGGUGCAUAAGAUUGCUCUGGACAUUGCGCAAGCGCUGGCAUAUCUUCACUAUUCUUGUGUUCCUCGGAUAGUUCAUAGAGACAUCAAACCAAGUAACAUCUUGCUCGAUGAAAAGCUCAAUGCUUAUCUCUCUGAUUUUGGUUUAGCAAGGCUAUUGGAAGUGUCUGAAACACAUGCCACUACUGAUGUUGCGGGGACAUUUGGAUAUGUUGCUCCGGAGUAUGCCACGACUUGCAGAGUCUCGGAUAAGGCUGAUGUUUAUAGCUUUGGGGUUGUGCUUCUGGAGUUGAUGUCAGGGAAGAGGUCUCUUGAUCCCUCAUUCUCCAAGUAUGGUAAUGGCUUCACAAUUGUUGCUUGGGGGAGGUUGCUCAUUCAGGAGGGGCGUUCCGGUGAGGUGUUUGCUCCUUCAUUAUGGGAGGCAGGACCCCAGGAACACUUAGUUUCAAUGUUGAGGGUGGCUUUGGCAUGCACUGUGGAAUCACUGUCUGUUCGGCCGUCGAUGAACCAGGUUGUGGAGACAUUGAAACUCUUAAACUAAACUAAAUUUACCAACAACAGCAUUACCGAAUGCUCACAUCUUUUAAGUAUCAACUUGAGACACCUCAAAAACAACAACAACAGUAGUGAACAAAUCAAAGGAAGAUCCAUCAUAAUAAUAGUUCAAUGUAACCUCUUAAAUUUAUCAACAUGAGAUUCUGAGACUUUUCAGUUUGUUAUCAUAAUCCA